UUGCCGGUGGUUGUGUGCAAAUACCGCAAAUACGGAUUUGUGAGUGGGCACACCAUGGACACAGUGGAGGUAAUUGUCUGUUUCCUAAUAGUUGCGAUUAUUCUAGUUGCGUUGCUGUCCAAUGUGGUGGUGCUGAUUUGUUUUUUGUACAACGCGGAGAUCCGGAAGCAAGUCCCGGGUUUGUUUAUCCUCAACCUGACCUUCUGCAACUUGUUGAUGACUGUUCUGAACAUGCCGUUGACUUUGGUAGGGAUUAUAAACAAGCAGCACCCUGGAGGUAAAGGAUUCUGCCAGACCCUCGGGUUUUUGGAGACAUUCCUCACUACUAACUCCAUGCUGAGCAUGGCAGCCUUGAGCAUUGAUAGGUGGAUCGCUGUGGUUUUCCCGUUAAAUUAUCAUUCCAAAAUGCGCCACAAGGACGCUGUCAUAAUGCUGGGCUACACGUGGGUCCACUCGCUGUCCUUCUCCACAGUGGCAGUGUGUCUCUCGUGGGUAGGAUACCAUCAGUUGUAUGCAUCGUGUACUCUUUGCAACGGGAGGGCGAGUCACAACCGGACCCAGUUUAUGAUUUUUACUGUGGUUUUCCAUGUCUUCACGUUUCUUCUAUCUUUGAUAGUUUUAUGUUUUACUUACUUAAAAGUGCUAAAGGUGGCACGGUUUCACUGUAAGAGGAUAGACGUUAUCACAAUGCAGACACUGGUACUACUAGUGGACAUUCACCCAAGUGUUAGGCAGCGAUGCCUCGAAGAGCAGAAGAGAAGAAGACAGAGAGCCACAAAGAAAAUCAGCACCUUUAUCGGCACUUUUGUGAUUUGCUUUGCACCUUACGUGAUAACAAGACUGCUGGAGUUGUCUUUACCAAUUUCAAUCAACUUUCAUUGGGGAGUAUUUUCCAAAUGCUUGGCUUACAGCAAAGCAGCUUCAGAUCCAUUUGUGUACUCCCUACUUCGACAUCAGUACAAGAAGACAUGCAGUGAUAUUAUUAACAAGAUUCUGAAAAGGAGCUCUUUAAAUACGUCAGGACUCAGAGGGGAAAACGGAAGAAACACCAUUGUACAGGCUGCAGAGUGA